AUGAACGACGCUGCUGCCGAGCCCUUGAUCUCCAACGACCGCCGCGUUCCGAACGAUGCACGCGACCGCUACGAUGAAGCCGACGACGCGAGUAUAAGAGACGACGACGUGGACGAGAGUGGCUUGGUAUCCCCAGGCCUGUUCAUUUGGUGUCUGACUAUAUGCGCCGGGGUGUCAGGAUUGCUGUUUGGAUAUGACACCGGUGUUAUAUCCUCUACCCUCAUAUCCAUAAACACCGAUCUCUCCUCCCGACCCCUGACCACCCUCGACAAGAGCUUGAUCACGUCUUGCACUUCGUUCUUCGCACUCCUCGCCUCGCCCCUAACGGGUAUCCUCGCUGAUGCAUACGGACGCAAAACCGUGAUCCUCGUCGCAGAUAUUCUCUUCAUACUCGGCGCCCUGUUGCAGGCAUGGACAAGCAGUGUCGGCGGCAUGAUCGUGGGUCGGUCCAUUGUCGGCGCAGCAGUCGGAAGCGCGUCAUUCGUUGUACCGCUGUAUAUUUCGGAGCUCAGCCCUAGCCCUUUCCGCGGACGGCUGGUGGUUGUGAGCAGUUUGUUCAUUACCGGUGGGCAGGUCGUCGCUUAUAUUGUUGGGUGGUUGUUCUCGGAAAGAUUGCAUGGAUGGAGAUGGAUGGUGGGCUUGGGGGCUUUACCCGCUGCCAUACAGUUCGUUAUGCUGUUUUUCCUGCCCGAAACACCGCGAUAUCUCAUCAAGGCUGGAAAGACGCAACAAGCGAAGAGGGUAUUGGGGCGUGUGUAUAAAAGUGAGGAAAGCGGGACGAAGUUGGUGAAUGCCGUUUUGAGGCGGGUAGAGAAAGAGAUUGAAGAGGAGGAGGAUGCGGCUGGACUGCGAGGGACUCCUGACAUGGCUAAAAUCGGUUGGAGAGCUAAGAAGGAGAGGAUACAAGACAGCCUCUCUCAACUGAUCGUCAUCGGAGGGAACCGUAGAGCCUUGGUUAUCGCGUGUAUGCUUCAGGGCUUCCAGCAACUGUGCGGCUUUAAUUCACUAAUGUACUUCUCCGCCACAAUAUUCCGCCUCGUCGGUUUCGAAUCCCCGACCCUGACCUCGCUCUCCAUCGCCAUCACAAACUUCCUCUUCACACUCGUAGCCUUCCACUAUAUCGACCGCAUCGGACGCCGCCGUAUCCUCCUCUGGUCCGUACCCAUCAUGAUCAUCGGCCUCGCACUCUGCGCCAUCGCAUUCCUCUUCAUCGAUCUUCCCACCGAGGAAGCUUCCGCUACCGCUACUGCCAUUGCCGGCGAUAACAACAAGAUCUGGCCCUUGCUCAUCCUCUUCUCAAUGAUAACAUACGUCGCUGGUUACGCGAUAGGCAUGGGCAAUGUUCCUUGGCAACAAUCUGAACUCUUUCCCCUGCCUACAUUCUUCCUCCUCACAACCCUCAGCGCUCUGGUAGCCGCCGCCCCAGUCCACGCCUCCAACCCCCCUCCUCCCCUCCCCACAGCCUUCUACCCUGACCCUGUCUCUGGCUCCGGCUCCGGCCAAAUGGUCGACAACAUGCUUCCCGACAGCGACCUCCCUGGCGGCGGCAUCGGCUCCUCUUCUCCUCAGAUGUCCGACAAGCGCGCCCUUGCCAACGCGGUUCCUGAUAAAUAUGACUCGUCUACGUACUACGACGCAGCUGCUGAGAAAGAAGCAGAGGAGCUGGCUCUUGUGCUAGACGCUGCGAGUGAGAAUGCGGCGGAGGACGAGAGUGCGGAUACCAGCCUUAACGUGAAGAGGGGACAGGGACAGGGAAUGGAAGGCAAAAGCGUGGAGGGGUGUAAGAAGAGGGCUGAGCCGGCAGGGUGUGUGAAGUGUCAGAAGGAGUGGGAUAUGUACGUUUGA